UCUGAAUUCAAAGAGAAUAUCGUUAUAUACUAUAAAGAUCGUCUUAAUGAACGCAUAUACCAAUCGAGUAAUUCAGACUGAAAGCAAUAUCUUUGUAUUUUGACUUAUAAUUCCACGAAAGAUGGAACAAAAGACUUACUUUAGCGAUGCCUUCAAAAGCUACUAUAAAACUUAUUACCCAACGUUCGCUUUUAGUGGUGCUCUUUUGGCAUCCGUACCUAGAGCUCUCAAACGCCCAGUAGGAGGCCCUUUUGCACCAGGUUGUUUACUAUGUGGAGGCUUCGGAGCAGUUGGAGGACUUGCGAUCGCCAGUGGAGAUUUAGCGAACGGCUCAGGAAUAUCUACAGCAUGGUCUUUGGCUUAUUUAUUGAUAAAUGGAAAGAAGGCUAUCAAGUCAUUGCGUCUAUUCCCUCUAGCUUUAUGUACAUUUGCAGGGAUAAAUACGAUCGGUUAUGGGCGUACAAUGAUCCAGGAAUAUUAACAAACCUCGACGCAUCCAUUGGUAGGAAAGAAAGAAGGGUUUGAAAUACACAUCUAAAUCUUUCAAAAGAAAAUAGAAAAGAAAAGAACGAAAUGACCUGCUAAUACAUAGGACCUAUACGUACAGCUAAUGAAAGACUUUUUGUUUGAACGAACAGAUAGCGAAAAAAAAUCAAUUCACAUUAUUUACAUAAAGCAAAUUUUAAUUCCCUCAACUUCCAAA